AUGAGGGAACAUGACCCCUGCGUGGUGCCGGGGUCGCACCUGCCUGUGCUGAGCAAACCUCCCCACUCUGGCUGCAGGGUCCAGGAGCUGGAGCUGGCGGAGAGGAAGCUGCUGCGGAGGGUGGACGCGCUGAGCACCCGCCUGGUCCAGGAACGCAGCGCGGGGCUCCGCGCCCACGAACAGCUGCGGGCGCUGCAGAUGGAGCUGGCCAGCCGGGUCCGGGAAGAGGAGCUCACGGCCCAGCGGCAGCGGGAGCAGCUGUGGCGGUGGCGGGAGCGGCUGCGGCGCAAGGACGAGGCGCUGGGGCUGCAGGCGGCCGCCCUGGAGCGCUGCAGGCAGAGCCAGCGGCGCCAGCUGUGCCUCGUGCGUGGCCAGGAGCGCGUGCUGCGGGCGCAGGUGCAGCGGCUGGAGCGGGAUGUGCGGCGCCUGUGCCGCGCCACGGGCCUCCUCUUGGCCCAACUGGGGCCCCCGGCGCGGGGUCUGGGUACCCCCAAGGCGUCGGCGGAGCCGCACACUUUGUCUGCCGGAGCCGAGCGCACCGAGCGCGAGGGCGCGGAGGCGGUGCGCAGGCUGCGGGAGCACCGGGCGCGGGAGCACGAGCCCCGCGGGCAGCUGGAGGAGCUGCGCGGCCGCGUGUCCGGGCUGCGACUGUCGGAGAUCGGCCUGCGGGGCUGCGAGGAGGAGCUCGCCGAGCAGAAGCGCGGCCUGCGGGAGCAACCGGGCGCCGGGCACUCCAGCCUGGCCAGCCAGGGCUGUAUGCAGGAUGACUCCGCGCCUCCGUGCAGGCAGCAGGACCCCUGCGGGAGCCGAGGCCAGCAGGAGGAGGCCCAAGGACCAGGGCCCUCAGCAGGCCAGCUCUCAGAGGGACCCUGCAGCUAUGGCUGUGUUGGAGAUGGAGAGGACCCCCGUGUCAUGGUGCCAGCCCUGGAGGCCACAAGUGAGUUCCCGGGAGACCGCGCAGGGUCUGACUGUGAACAGCUUUCCCUGGCUGAGCACAGCUUGCAUGGACAGGUGCUCCUCCUGGUGUGUGGCUGCCCUCCAGGGCAGUCUGUGGAAGCCUCGCUCCUCCCCUUGGACCUGGCCCAGGUUUCAGAGAGUCUUGAGGCCAUCCAGGAGCCCUGUGUCCUGGUGCAGCCAUCCACACUCCCCCUCUCGGGGCCGGCUGGGGACGCUGUGACCCUGCUGCCGCUGCCGCUCCAGGAGGCCUCUGCAGAAGGGCUCCAAGCCCAAGAAGAGCUGGACACCAGGCCCCCGCCAGCCCCCGAGCCCACUGCACACUCUGGCUGGGGCUGUCACCGGGCAAGGAGCCGCCAUGUCUCCCUCUGCCAGGAGGCAACAUGUCCUUCCAACCACCUGCUUCUGAGGACGGGACCCACGGGUCACAGAGACACUUGGACCGGGGGAGGAGGGACCCCAGGGGGGACAGCAGAGGAGGGGGAGGCGAGGAGGACUUCAGGCCGGGCAGAGGGAAAGCACGGUGCCAAAUGGCAGCUGGGGCAGGAAGGCUGCGAGGACCUGAGCCCAGGGAGCGUGGCCCGAGCCCCUGAGGGUGGGCAGCAUGACACUGGGGCUCCGGAGACCCUGGCCACUGUCUGCUGCCCGUGGCUUCAGCAGGACUGUCCGGUGGCUCUUCUGCAGGGAGCGACCCUGGAGGGCCCCCAGCCCCUGAGUAAGAGCGGGAAGGUGGAAGGAUGUGGCCUGGGACCCCCGGAAGGGCUGUCGUCCUCAGAGGAGGAAGCAGUGCUCCUGGCCACAGGGUCCAGGGCUCGUGGGACUGGAGCACCGAAGCUCACUGCGGGACGGGGCAGGGCCCCUCAGAGGAUGCUGCGGGAUGAGAAGGACCGGAAGCCGCACUUGGGGAGAGCCCUGCCUCUUCAGGAGGAACGGGCGCAGGAGGGACCUGAGGAGGAGGAGAAGGUGCUGCCUGGAGACGCAUCCAUUCUGGGCCACAGCCAUGUCCCUGGGCAGCCCAACUCCCAGGCACUCGUGGGCCAGGAAGUGCCUUCCUGUGCAGGAGAGCACAGUCUGCCGCAGCCUCCUAGCCUGGCUGUGCCAGCCACCAGGUGUGAAGCUGCCAGUUCUCCCUUAGGCGAAGGAGACAGGUGUGCUCUCCAAAUAGAUGAGUUUGAGAGGGAGGUGGAGGCUUGUUUCCGGCAGCUGCAUACCCUGCAGCUUGGCAGCGGGGGGCACCGGGGGAAGAUGUCUGCACCGAUGGAAGAGAAUUGGAGCUUUGCUCCCAGAUGGCGCAGCAGCGGCGAGGAUUGCACUUAUUCUCAGUGGGACUUGGCAAGCCAGGGCUGGGAUGCCUGUCUCGCUGCGGAAGCAGAGCCCAAGGUGCACGGUGAAGGUGUCAGACUGCGAAAGACUGCGGUCUUGUGCCCCAGCAGAGGUGUUCCAGGGACAGCGCCCACCUGCCACACAGCCAGCCCAGACCCUGCAGAGCCUCGGAGGGCGCUGGAGCGGGCAAGAGACAGGUUUCAGCAGCUCCUUUCCGCACUGAAGAAAGAGAGAAGGCAGGUCCUAUAUGACAACGUCAUACUCCGGGGCGACCAGGACAGAUGCCGUCGUAAAGUGUGCGACCUUGAAAAAGCGAGGGUGAAAGACGCCGCUGAAAUGCACAGGCUAGAGCAGGUGAACCGCGAGCUGGUGGUGGACCUGGCGCAUCUGCAGGGCAAGCUGGGCCCGUGUCUGCAGGCCAUCUCCGACCUGGAGGACUGCAACCGCGAGAGUUACGGCAAGAUCGUGCAGCUUGAAGAGGAGAACGAGAAACUGAAGGGGGAGCUGGGACAGCUGCAGGAAGCCGUGUCUGAGCGCAGGAGGGAGUCCCGAGGCGUGGCAGACCGGGUCACCCUGGACAGCAGGGAGCUCAAGGUGCUGACGUCGCAGCUUGGGGUCAGGUAUAAGGAGCUGAUAAAGCAUGCAGAGCUGGCCAUAGAAGACACGCUCAGGGCCUUGAAGAAGGAAAACGAACACCUUCUAUGCCGGGUCCGAGGGCUGGAGCGGAUGAGCAGCGACAUGGGGGUUUCGGUGCGUGGGGGGCAGCACCCCCAGGGAGACAUCACAAGGACAGGGGACGAGCUGUGCACCGUAGACAAAGAGGUCCAGGUGGGUGGAACCUCAGGGCAGCUGAUCCUGGGAGCCCGAGGGCCACCCUCAGAGGAGGACGUGGGUGUGUGUGGAGGGCGGACAGGGCCUUCCUCAGAUGUGCAGGAUUGCGCGUGUGGUGCCGAUCCUCCCAGUCCUUCAUCACUCUGGAGCAACGCAGCAGGACCCGGCACCCAGCAAGGAAGCAUCGAUGGAGCAGGAGGAAAAGAAGCACGUGUGGGAAAAGAGGAGAAGAGACAGUGGUGUUCCGUGGACCAAGGACGAGCUCUGCGGCGCCUUGGCAAUGGUCUCCAGGAUGCGGAGGCCCAGGUGGCUGAGGAAGACCUCCGGCUGUGCGUCCAGCGGCUGUGUCACCAGGUGCAGACUCUGCAGUGCCAGCUGAGGGACCAGCGCUGGGCGAACCGGGCGCUGCAGGCUGCGCGGGACCAGGCUGUGCACCUCCAGGAGGAGCUCAGCGGCAAGCUUGAAGAGCUUCGGAGAGAGCAGCGGGAAGCGCGCCUGGCUGUGAGUCCACUGAAGGCCAAGCUGGCGUCCCUGGUCCAGAAGUGCCUCGACAGGAAUCGCCUGAUCAUGCGCCUACUGCAGGAGCUGUGCAGACAUGGCCCGGCCAGCCCGUCACUCUCAGAGCUGGCACAGAGCAUGGUCCACGACGUGGCACUGAUGGAGUACACAGCCACCUUCCUGACCCCUGGAGUCACAGGGACCAGCCACCGCCUGGAUGUGGACUCGGAGGAUGCGGCUGCUGGAAGAGAGCCCAUGGUGCUCGGGGCCCUGGCCUGUCCCUGAAGCUGAGUGGCCAGCCCAGGCAGCUCAACCGGAAUCUCUCAAGGAAAGAAGACCCCAGAGAGGCAAACGCAGCCCCCUGGAGAGUGCGACAGCGCUCCCACGGGACCCGUGGAGUGGAGGUGGCCCUGUGAUUAAGAUUCCUUCCUGGGAGCCAAGUAGAAGCCAAAUGACCAUCAACCUGGCCACGCCAUGUACGGGGAGCAUUCCUACCUUGCGUGGUACCAACCGGGGAGCCCGGGCAAUGCCUGGCGACUGUUAGAAACUGUACUUUUUGGCCCAGGGGAGGCAGGAAACUGGGGUCUGAGAACCACGCUGGCUCUGUCUCUUCCACACCGUGUCACCUUGCUCAGAUCUCACACCGUCUCCAACCGUCCUGCUCUUCACCCGCGUGGGGUCCUCUGCCUGUGUGACGAUUGCGCUUGCCUGACUGGGCCAGUGCCCUGGCCACAGCAUGCUGGCUCCUGUGGGGCUGCCAGGCUGUGUAGGAGGUUAUCUAGGGAGAGAGGAACUGCAGGCUUGACAGUUUCUCGAAGAGCCUGGGACCUCCGUGGUCGGGCACCCCUGCUCUGGGUGGAAAGGAGUCCCCUGAGGGGAACCCAGACGUCCAGCCCCGCCUCUGCCUUGCCGGCCAGCUCCCAGCCGCCCCUUGGCUUCUCUGGGCCUGUGUUCCUCACCUGUACAGUGGAGGUGACCAUGUGCCUUCCUGUCCCCCUCCGACACCUGAUGAGUUCACGACCUGUCCCUGUCACACCCUGCAUUCUCGUCUGUUUGCUGGACUCAUGCUCAGGGGCACUCUGGGGCUCUUGGGGGACCCCCCAGCCCAGCUCCUGCUCCUAGAAGACUCAGUUCUUCCCUAAACAUGUGCUACUCGAGCAACUGUCUCUGAUAAUCACAGCACCCCAAAGCAUCUGCAGCCCGCAGCUCCAUCACCACAGCACCUUCUUCCCCGCAGCUGAGGAACAUCGCGACCCCGUGGCUGGGGUAGAUUCUUGGUGACUGCUCCCUCCAACCAGGCAUUCCUGGAGCUGCAGGACUGUAAGGCUGGCUUCUGAGGGCACCCAGGGACAAACAGGGACUUUUGAGAGUUCAGCUUCCCCCAGGAAGACAUGGGAGAAAGCCGGCUGCUGCCGGUUAGAGCCUCUGUGGGCUGAUCUCCCCAGGUCCUCCCCGCUGUAACACAGCUGACAGUGGGAAUGAGGGUGGUCGGUGGGGUCAGCAACACCUGGAGCUUUGGUCAGGAGGAGCAUGUGACAGAUCAGCCUCUAAGACCAGCCCAAGUCCAGAGUCCAUGGCGGGAACACAGGCUGCCCUAGGGCCAGAUCUGGCUCACAGACUGUCUUGUUUGCCUUCCAUCUUUUUGUCGUUGUUUAAUUGUGGUGAGAUGUUCCUACCAGACCACGUAUCAUUUUGACUACUUACGUGUUCAGCUCAGUGGCAUCAAGCACGGUCAAAUUAUUCUGCAGCCAUCGCCACCACCCACGCCCAGAACGUCCUCCUCUUCCACGUCAGAACUCUGUCCUCACUAGAUCCCAGCUCCUCCGUGCCCCUCCUCCAGCCCCGACAACCCCAUCCUGCUUUCUUUCUCUGUGGGAGUGACUGCUCCAGAGACCUCACCUGCUGGAAUCCUACAUGACUGGACCUUCUGUGACGGGCUCAAUUCACCCAGCAUGACCCCUCCAGGUUCACCCUUGCUGAAGCAUGGGUCAGAAUGCCCUUCCUGCUUUUCAGGCUGCAUAGUAUUCUACCAUACAGCUGUAUCACACUCAUCCAUUAGGGUCACUUCCACCUUUUGGCUGGUCGUGGAUAAUGCCGCUGUGGACGUCAGUGUGGGCGCACCUCUGUUGUGUUUGUUAGUACCGGAAUUAACACGUUCACCUUUCAAAACCAAAAGACUUCUUAUAAAAUCCGAUGUCUGGCUUCUACCAGAAAAUCAAUGGGCCUGAAAACUUUGGACCCCUGUCUCCCUGGCCAUGGUUGGAACUGCACCAAGUCAGCCCUCCCUCUCCUCUGCAGGGCACCCCACCCCCGGGCCUGUUCUCGGCUCACCACAUAAGCUGCCUGUUCCCACUGACUGGGACUUGCUGACGCCUUCCCUGCUCCCCACCUCAGUACGGGUGAUGACACAGAGGCCCAGGGAGGGACAUCAGCCUGGCCCCAAGCUCCCGGGAUGACGCUGACCUCACCCAUGUCCUCCGGGAAGGGGCCCGGACUGGCUGCACUUGCAGCUCUGCUGCCUGCCUGUCCCGUGACCUGGAGUAGGGCCCCCAACUGUUCUGGGUCUCAGUUUCCCCUUUUGGCAGGAAGUGAGAGAGUAAAGGUGAAGACACAGAGCGAGGAACCCAUUGCCUGUAAGAUCACGUUGGGGCAACUGAGGCAUGAACAGAGCACAGAACGAGUUGGCGCCCUGGCGUGUGCGUCUGAUUCCUGAGCUGCAGGUGGGAAAGGGACCUGCCUCCCCCAUCGCCUCCCCAGGACCCCUGAGGCCCGGCAUGUGGAGCGUCCUGCUGGGUGCUGCCUUCCAACAUUGGGACACUGCCUGAGGGCUCCAAGCCUUCCCCUUGAGAGGCGGGACUUCAUGGGGGACAGUCCGGCUUUGGCACUCGGCAGCCACCUAUCUGGUCUACAAAGUCCUCUCAGGGUAGAUGGAGCCACAGCACCGCACUCCCCGCACCAGGAGAAAUGAGAACUCCAGGCACGGGCAUGCAGUAUGUGCUCAGAGAAGCCUGGUUCUCUGUCUUUCUUCCCAAGCAAGGGUCUACCUCCUGGGUUAACACAAAGGUCUCUUUUCCAGGUAUUCACAGAUUGGGGAAGGAACAGGUGCUUUCCAGCUCCCCACGGGCUCAGCCCAGGGGCACAGGCUCUGGCCUGAUGGCUGGCCGCUCACCAGGUGUCAUUCAUUCAUGUACUCAUUCACUCAACAGUGGACACUAACCGAUGAGCACUGGGGCUCUGCAGUAGGCCCUGGGGUUCUGGGGGAAGGCAGAACACCAAUCUCUGCCCUCCUGGAGCAGCUUUCCAUGGUAGUCAAGUACUUACGUGUUCCCUUCCUGCAGGGCCGGGGUUUUGGCUGAGUGAAGUGGGGACAUGGAUGGAAAGGCAUUUUGUAGACUCCUGCAUUCUGCAUAAAUAUAUGGAUCAGUGUUAUUUGACUUCCCCUAUGCUAGAGAGAUGACAGAGACCACCUGGUAUCAGAGAAAAAGAUUCAGGUUCAACUCAGAGUAACGAGGCUGCAGUCUGAAUUCUGCAACGUGUUAGCUCUGAGACCAGCGAGAGCGACUUCCCUUCCUCAGUUUCCUCACCCGGAAAAUGGGGUAACAAAUGCCUGCCUCGGCAGUGCAGUGGUGUGGACAGUCUGUAUGGGAAAGCGCUCUGCAGGUUUCAGUGCUGUGCAGAUUCAGGUCAUUCAUUCAGUUGUUACUUCAUUAGGCACCUACUGUGUGCCAUUUAGGACAAGGUGAUGUGUCUAAAGACAAUGUGGAAAAAGUCCCCAGGCUAAAGGAAAGAAUUGCUUGUCAGAUGGCUGUACUGCACAUUCAUAGAUUAUGAUUAGCAACAACCAGCAGGUUGGCAUGGCAACGUUUCCCCAUGAACUGCCAGGCAGCAUGCUUAAAAUAGGUACGCUGGAGGUGUGGCGGGUGCUGAGCACGCAGAGGCAGCGUGGCCCGGUGGCUGUGCCACAGAGAAGGGCCAUGUGCUCAGGGGUCAUACCCUUGCCCUCCGAAGAAGGCCGGCCAUCGAAGAUCAGAAACACCCACUGUCAGAGCAGGGAAGGGCCUUAGACUUUAGCAUAGAUGCCUGUGCUUCCCCAUUCUGCAGGGGAGGAAACUGAACCUCAAACAGGUUACUGGCAGUCCACAGUCACAUGACCCAGUUCCCUGAUCCUAGACACAUCGAACCUGGUUCUGGUGGCUUUUAUGACGGAUUCCCCAGGGAUGCCCCAGUGUGGUCCUUUCUGAUCAUAGUCCUAGGAAGCAGCUCAUUUUCCAGCCGGUUGCAGUCUAUGCAGUGUCACUGAGGAACAUUCCUGAGUGUGAGUGGUCUUUUCUCUUGGGUAGAAGCCAUUUGUGUUUCCUGAGGAAAGCCCUGAGCCCCACACUCAACUACUUCUUGGCUAGACUCAUAUGGUUGAUUAUUUUUCUGGAAUUGAGGAUUGAAUCCACGGCCUCUGUACUGAGCUACAAUCCCAGCCCCCUAUUUAUUUAUUUACUUAUUUCCUCCUUUUAUUUUUUUUCUGAGACAGGUCUUGCUAAGUUGCUCUGGCUGGACUCAAACUUGUAUCCUCUUGCCUCAGCCUUGGAAGUAGCUGAGGUUGCAGAUCUAUGCCACCACUCCGGCUUAUGAUUGAGGUUUUAAUCUACCCCUCUGUGACCUUUCCUACCUACUUCCUCAGUGUGUGAAAUCAAGCAGCAAAGCUGAGCAGAAAUUUAGGAACCACUGUGAUGAGAUUACUGUGGGAGUCUGCUUACCCAUCCCUGUGAAGGGCGGGGAGCCCAAGUUCUCUCGGUAUUGUUCUUUUUGUUUUAUUCAGCAAUUUAUUGAGCAAACUUUUUAAGCUUGAGUGGAGCUGCUCUUCCUUGGGCUGCUGAGCUUCUUUUGGAAGAUUCACAGCUCUGGUUGGAUUCCAGAGUGAAAUCCCAGGUCUGGAUUGUGAAACAUCUCAAGAACUCACCCAACCUCUGAGAAGAGGGUGCUAGACAUGUUUGACGUCUUUCAGACACUCGCCUGCUUCUUCUCUGUUCAGCUGUUGCCCCACAAGGAAAAGGGCAGGGAGGCUGGGGUGGGGGUGGGGGUCCCCAGCGCCCUGCUCUUGCUGCCUACCAUGGCUGCAAGGGUGUUUAUAGGACACGAAGAUUGGAUCCCACGGUGGCGAUUCUCACCACAGAGCGUUUGAAAAGGCGGAAGGACGCCCCGCCCCUUCCGAGCCCCCUAACGUCACAGUCACACCAGGUCCUUCUGCAAACCUCUGUAGGACUCAACUCCACAGAACCGGCAGCCUGCAGCCCUAGCACAGUCUCUUUCACUGCACCUGUGCCCUGUGCUAAUUAACCCCCCCAUCCAUGGCUGGUUUCCUGCGGCUUAGACUCAUGUUUAUUUUCCCUCUCGCUAGGAAAGAAAGAUGUGCACAGGAGGAAGCUUCUUAGCUUUGGGGUAUUUCUGCCCAUGUGUCUUCUCUGGAGCUUCUCCCUUAGAGGCCUUUGGAGUGGGCGAUCUUUUGGAAAUGGCACAUGUGACACGUGCUGGCCCUGGGCCCUUGGUGGCCGGUCACUACCCUACACCUGAGAGUCCACAGAGAGUGUGACUGACCCCAUAGCCACACUGAGCAAGUCUCUUGGGGACCGUUGUGGCCAGCACCCCAGACUCUUCUAGAAAUAGAAAUUCUAGAAGCACAUGUGUCAGUUGGGUCAGCAGAGGGAAGCAGAUUUUCAUUCAGCUCUGGCUGCAUUUGCCAGCUGUGUUCCUACAUGGCCCUGAAAUGACAUCUCCAGAGCCCUCAGGAGGCAGUGGAAGAAAACCCCCUGGGGCUUGUUGGUAGAUUUAGUCAUUUUAGAAUUUCUAGGAAAAGAUAAUUCAUGCAUUGCACCUAAAACUGUCUUCAGUAAGUCAGUAGAUGUGGGAUUGAAGGAUUGGGUUUUCUUUAUCCCAUUUGAUUCUUUCUAAACCCUGCUCUACUUUCAGCAAGCACAGCUCCCAUCCAAAUCCACCCCUGCGUGCCUGGUGUAAACAUAACUUUCAGAGUUGUGAGGAGACAAACACCAUUUUUUGGGGGGAUGGCGUCUCUGAAAACAUCAGGCUUUGGCACUUUUAUGCAAUGAUAGAAAAAAAGGGAGAGAAAGACAAUCUCGCCCUUAGGAAUGAGGUUGCUGAACAUGGCUGAAAACUUGAUUUUGACUCUGUCAAUAUAUUUUAAGGUAAAUUAACAUAAUACGGCUUUGGCCUUGUAACUAUGGCAUGGACAGUGACAUGGGAGAUGAAGGCCUCUGCACUGAUGUCGGAAGUGUUAACUUGGACAAGGAUGGGACCCCUCCCAGAGACAGGAUGAGUGCGGGGCCACACACAUCCCUGGGUUUGCACUUGGCUGUGCACAUUUGUGCAGUGCACUCACACCUCUCGGCCCCUCUGUAGGGAGGGCAGGGAAGGGGUGAGCACGGGUGCUGUGUGAGCCACCACCCCGAGUCGGGGCCUGAGACGGUCUCUUCUGCAGCUCGGCUUCCGCUGGUCAGGCAGGUCAGGGGUGUGAGCAUUCCUGGCCAAGGCCAUGAGUAGGUCUUGCAAGUUUCCCGUGGCAGAACCUUCCUCAUCUCCCGCCUCCCAGGUUGAAUCCUGGCCAGAAAUCACAAGAAAAGGCCGGGGAUAUAGCUCAGUGGCCCAAGUGUCUGCCUGGCAAGUGCAAGGUCCUGAGUUCGAUUCCCGGUACCAAAAAAAAAAAAAAAAAAGGGAAAGAAAGAAAUCACAAGAAAACUGUGAAGCACACACCAGUGUACUUCCCCUCUGGGUCCCAGGAGCACAAUAACGCCACACCUUGAAGCUGCACAAACCUGAAGGAAGGAACCUUGCAGCUCUGCUUAACCAGCUCCGAGACAGGAUUUGGGCAGUGCAGCCCAGGUGUGGCCCUGUGACCCGCUCAGCCCCCUCCCCUGGAUGUUCAGCAGACCCCUCCUCGGGUCACUGGCCCUCAGCUGUCCCCAGUCUCUGCCCACACUCAACAGAGCAGUCAGUCCUCAGAGAUGUUCACGGGAUUCUUCAGUCUGCUGUGACUGAGGCUCAGCCUCCCUCCAGGUUUUGGAGAUUUGGGCUGACUGAUCGUUCUCUCUUGUGUACAGUAGGCCCGGGUUUUCUCUUGUUACCGAGA